AUGGCGAAGUCCAAGAACGCGUCUCAGCACCACAACAGCCAGAAGGCUCACCGUAACGGUAUCAAGAAGCCCAAGACCCACCGUUACCCCUCCCUCAAGGGUGUCGACCCCAAGUUCCGCCGCAACCACAGACACGCCCUUCACGGAACCGCCAAGGCUCUGGUACGUUUCUCUCUAAGAUCGAUCCAACAAGAAGUGUCUCUUCUGUUGGGCGAAGCCGAAAUGAAGAAUCGACACUAA